GAAUUUCAGAGAGUCUAGAUAUAAAGAAGCAGCAAAAAUAAGGAAUUUUCGUACGUUGAAAGAGUCACGUACAUAAAGAAAAUAUAUACAAUAAAAAAAUACUACGUUAUACAUAUAUUUAUAAUUCAUAUGUAUAUAUAUAUAUACUGAUUAUAUACACAAAUACAUUUUGAGACAAGAAAGAGUGAUUUUCACCAUAAUUUUUAUAAAGACAAGACGAUUAAAUACAACAGCAAUUUAGCAAGCAAAUAUAUAAAUAGCAAAGGCAACAAAUAUCUUGUUUUAGUUGUAUAUUAAAAUCUAAAGCAAAAAAAAAACGUUUUGCAAAAAAUUUUCGAUGAAAAAAUAAAUUUUCUUAUUUCAGAAAUUUUUGUGAAAGUUAUUUUGAGCACUUUAUAAUUUUUUUAUAAAUAUCAAACAAUUAAAGUAAAAAAAUAAUUGCACAUAAAAAAAAUUUGGAUAUAAUUUUUUUUUAAUUAACUUUUUCUUUUUCUAAAUAAAUUACAAAUUUACACACCUUUAAAGAGGUGUCAAAAAAUAAAGUUGUCGGUUAUUGCAGAUAUGUAAAUUAAUUUCAAGAUAUUUUUAACAAAGUUGAAUGUACUUAAUAUUUUACUAAUCUACAAACAAUUUUAAAACAAUAAAAUAAAAAAAAUAAGGAACGAUAUAAAUAAAUAAAAUAUAUAUAAUAAUAUUCUUAUUACAUAAUAUAUAUAUAAUAUAAUAAUAUAUAAAAAUACAUUUACAUAAGAAAAUCAUCCUAUUGGGAUCGAAGAAUUAAAAAAUUAAUUUUUAUAUACAUACAAAUAAUAUUAUUGGAAGUUUUUUUUUUAUUAAACACAUUCCAUGAGUCCGAAUUCGGUAACAUCUACUACAGCAGCAAAUGCUCGAAGUCCAACUAAAAUAGCGGCAUCCCAAAUCUUAAAUAAAACUCAAUCAUCAACAACAAUGCAAGAAAAGAAAAUAAAUCGUUCAAAUAGCUUAGUUAAUACUGCCCUUAAAUGGAUACCAUUAUUAAAUCAACAUUAUAAUAAUCAUAAUGGCAGUGGAAAUAAUGUUAUCGAUGGUAAUGGUAGUGCAUUAAAGCAAUUUGGUAGCACAGUUGCUGUUCAAAAAUUACGUGAAUCAAAAUGGUUUAAUUCCGAUGAACAGAGAAUAUUUUGUGCUGUUAUUGAAUGUGGUUUUAUUGUUGAAAUACGUGGUGAACAAAAUUCAACUUCAUCAUCAUCAACAAUAUCAGAUGAUGAAAAUGAUAAAAAUGAUGAUACACUGGACAAAAUAAAUAAUGAAAUAAAAUUACAAAAAAUUAUACCACCAUCGACAUCAAAAUUAAUAGAAAAUUAUGAUAAUGAUCAAAUAUUUAGUAAUAGUAGUUCAACAGCAACAUCAUCAACAACGAAUUCAUGGUUCGGUGUUGUAUUAUGUAAAACAUUAAAAGAUAAUAAACCAAAACCAGACACAAUAGAAAUAUUUUCAGUGAAAAUUCGACAAAAUGGUGUUAGAGUUUAUAAAACAACAUUGGAAACUAUUUGGAAUAAUAAUUGGCAAAUUCGUAUAAAUAAUUUUGCUGAUCGUGAAAAAACACCACAUAACGAGAAAGAUAUUAGAAAUCAAAUAUCAUUCGCCCGUAAAGCAAGAUACAGUUUAUGGCAUAAUUCAAAGCAUUUCGCUUAUUGGUGUAGAUAUGGGAGUCGGCAACAAGAUGUUCGGAAAAGACAAAUGUCCGAAUGUGUCAAAUGGGGAAGUGUAGGCAUGAAUGCCGGAAUGCUCUUAAUUAUGAAUAACAGACAAAGAUCUUACACUACAUCUAAAUGACAAACCUUAUAAUUUAUAAUAUUAACUUAAUAAAUUUGUUGAAGCUUUUUCAGAAGCUUAUAAGUCAUAUAUAUUCUAUUCAUUUUGAAUAUUUAAUGUUAUUUUUUGUAUUAAGUAUAUGCGAAAAUUUGUUUAAAAAUAUUUGUUUUAUUUAUAAAGUCAACAAAAUAUAAAUUAUAAUUGUAUUAAUUUUUUUUUUCUUUUUGUAUUGUAUUAUUUUCUUUAAAUAUUAAGAAAUUAUAUUUUUUUAUAUAAUUUAAAGAUAAAGAAAAUUUUCUUUGAAAGAAAUAUUUUUUUUUAAAUCAAAUAAAAUUUGAUCCUGUAUUAUAUAAUAUAGAAAUUUACUACGCUUUUUUUAAAAAAAAAAACAAUAUUA